AUGCACCCCGUCUUUCAAGUUUUGCAUGGCACGCAAACAACAUAUUGUCUAUGGAGAGAACGCAACGGGCAGGGGUAUUCAAGAAAGUUGGACCGUAAGCUAGGUCUUGCAAGUGCUUCACAACAACUUGCAAAUAAACCACCAAAAGUCCCACAGCCAAGGAAACAACAAAUUGCCCAGGGAGAGAACGCUACAAAUAGCGAAACCAAGUUUAUUUCCAUGCACUGUAAGGAACAAAAAGAAGCCAAGCGCCCUGACGAGUUUGAGGAAAAUGUUAUCCGUAUCUACACGACACUGUUCUAUGGAGACACACGCGUGUUUAGUGUACCACUCGGGCCUGAGCGCGGGUAUGCCAUCAACGGCCCAGAGUUUCCCGAGAACAGUUUCGUCUCUAAUGUCCUACAAUGUUAGCAUCUGCUGCAGUGUAAUAAACAUGAAAAUCUCAUGUUCCAGCAUCUGUUAUCCUACCACGCACGCCCUGUGAUGGUAGAAACGUAGUAUACUACUUUCUUCCACAGAUUCACGGUCCGCACAGGAUCAACAAAUAAGCCCGUGGUCGUGGCAUUCAGGGCCACGCCCGACGCCUCACCAACCUUGUUCCGAUCGCGACGCUGUUUGCAUUGUGUCGCUGAAUUUGAAGUUUGAAGUUCCAACUUUUCGAAGACCACUUUUUCCUUACUAGAAUGAUAAUGACUGCCGAGAGUGCAAGUUGAUACAUGGAUCGCUCUGUUCUGGCCGACACGGGUGUGGCCUCUUUCAAAGUGCGUCCUGCACAAAGUACAAGUGUUCGUCGUGCAUGAUACACAACGCCGACACGUACCACCAGCAGGCAACAACAUCCUCGUAGGGCACGCCUACCAACCAACAUGCGCAAGCUCUGCACAGAGUUGGCCAACGCGGUUCAGUUGCA